AUGGCGUCUCGCAGAUCAUCGUACAGGCGAGGGCUCCAGAGAGAAAGAGGACACCAAGAAAUCACUGGUGGCUACGAGAAGGCCAAAGUGAAAAAUAAGUCACCAAGAGAACGCUGCUACAACUGUACAUCUUGUGACAAAUCAUUCAAGAGGAGUCCAACCCUCAGAGAUCACCUGCAUACUCACAAAGGGGAGAAGCCCUAUGUUUGUGAUACAUGUGGCAAGUCAUUUGCGCAAAAAAGGAGUCUCAAAGAUCAUCAUCGAAUUCAUACUGGCGAGAAGCCGUACGUUUGUGAGAUAUGUGGCAAGUCAUUCAGGCAAAGAACGAGUCUCUCAAAUCAUCGACGCAUUCAUACCAGCAUGAGACCCUACAUUUGCGAGAUAUGUGCUAAAACAUUCUCUAAUUCCUCGAAUCUUACAUAACAUAUGCAUGUUCACACAGGUGAAAGGCCUUACGUUUGUGAUAUAUGCAGCAAAACGUUCGCGCAUCCAAAGAGUCUCAAAAUUCAUCGACGAACUCACACUGGCGAGAAGCCCUACGUUUGCGACAUAUGUGGCAAAUCAUUCGCGCAACUCGCAAACCUUAAAGAACAUCGACGCAUUCAUACUGGCGAGAGACCCUACAGUUGCGAGAUAUGUGGCAGGUCAUUCGCUAAAUUGACAAAUCUUAAGCAUCAUCAACGUAGUCACACAGGCGAGAAGCCCUUCCUUUGCGAGACAUGUGGAAAGUCAUUCGCACGCUCGAGAACACUUAAAAAUCAUCUACGGAAACACACAAAAGAAAACCCUUUAACUGCGAUGCAUCUGAUGAGCAUUUCGUGUGGACUGGAGAUAAACUUCUAA